ACAGUCAUGUGAUCAGAAGUUGACGCUGGUGUUUGGAGAAAGAGUUUCGGGUGAAUAAUGAAGGAGAAAUUCACAUGAAUGAAGUGAAAACUAGUCCUGUGUUCAUCUGUGGUAGGAUUUCUCACACCAGACCAGCAGCAUGGCGAGUAAAUGUAUACAGAUGGAUCUCUUCCUCCAUGUGUCUCUUGCUCCCUCUUUGUGUAUUGUAGCACUGUUGUCCUACCUGCAGCACAGAGAGAAGAAUCACCCAUUUGAGGAGAGAUUCCCGUAUUUAAAGGGCCGAUUCGGCAUCGUGGUGCCGCUGGAUUUCAUGGGCAGCAUGAGGAAUCGUUGGUCGUACGGUUUUGCUUUCGGUGCUGUUACUCCCAGCGUCCUGCUGCUCUUCUCUGAGUCCUACACACCAUUUCCUGUUCCGUCCUGGGCCAGACGUACACAAAGUCUCACACUACACUACACACUGUACACUACACACUAUACACUACACACCAUUUCCUGUUCCGUCCUGGGCCAGACGUACACAAAGUCUCACACUACACUACACACUGUACACUACACACUAUACACUACACACCAUUUCCUGUUCCGUCCUGGGCCAGACGUACACAAAGUCUCACACUACACUACACACUGUACACUACACACUAUACACUACACACCAUUUCCUGUUCCGUCCUGGGCCAGACCAUUUCUGUAUUUGGUUGGUGCUCUGGAGGUGGGCGUGGCCUAUCUGCCAUUCUUUCUCUGUCUGUCAACAUCACGCCGAGCACUCGGAGGAAUUCUGGGUCUGCUGUACACUGUGGCCUGGUUUACUGUAGGAUUAUUAGACGUUAUCUUAUGUCCACAAGGUGAAGUUCUGGGUGAUUAUCAGAAGGUAAUAACACAGGGGCCAUUUCUUCUGUGUCUGAGCUUCCUGGUUGGACGCUUCAUCAGUAUGGUAGUGAAGGAUGUGAGAAUUCAUUUACAGUUUGAAAACGAGCAGCAGGUUGAAGAGGAGAAACUUAUUCAUUCUUAUCAGUACAAAUAUGUCCAAACCCUACUGAGACGACAUCCAGAACAGCCUGUGGAGAAGAGCUGGAUAAGGAGGAAUGUGUAUGACUCGGAUCAAUAUUUUAAAUUCCCAAACAGAAUGAUUGGAACCGCCGUCAUCUGCCUCAUCGGUCUGUACAUGAUGACUCUGGCAGAUUACAGUCUGAGUGGAUUUAUUUAUCAGAAGAUGUUAGCAGUGAUCAGCUCUCUGGAGGAUUUGGCCAAAUCCAAUAACAACACAGAGAAUCUCUUAAUUUCAUUAAUACCUCUCAUCUCCGAGUUCAGCCAUGUAGCCAGCAAGUCCUGGAUUGUCACCACGCUUUUCACUACGCUGACAUCUGUUACAUACACGUUUCACGUGUUAGUGUGUUACAGGAAGCACAUGAAGCGGUUGCGGGAAGGAAAGAAGAACUUCUUGCCAGAGAGGUACCACAAACCGAGCUCUGCUCUUAGUGUGGCUGCGAUUACACGAUAUUCAGGCUGGCAAAUUGCAUUUACACUUUGGGGUUAUCUUAUUGUGCACUAUGUGCAGUUCAUGUUUGCGCUGCUGUUUGCGUACCUGGUUGUGUUACCGAUCCAGAAAGUUGGGUUCCUUCCCUGGUUCUCCAGCCUGGUCACCUUACUGCUGACGAUCUUCAUCGUGGUCUCUCUGGUGGUGGUGCAGGUUGUGAUGGUUCAGAUCUUCUUCCUGCAGGACAAGUUAUCACCUAACGAUAAAGAUAAACCUUUAGCACUCAACAACAGGAGAGCCUUUAACAAUUUCAACUACUUCUUCUUCUUUUAUAACGUAAUCAUGGGGAUGGGCAACUGCAUGCUCAGGCUGAUAAACAGCUGCAUUGUGGGUACUUGGCUUGUUCCACGCAUUGACCGGACCAUCAUGCAGCGGGGCUACGAGGUCAUGGAUCCAGGUUAUGCUACAUGGGUGGGGAUGAUAAUAACAGAUCAUCAUCACAGUAAUCCAGUUCUGCUGUGUUUCUGCCACCUGCUGCUCAAACACACACUGCAGAGACAGAGGGCUGCGAACACAUACGCUCAGUCUGACACUGCAGAAUUCCCAGGAGUCAGCAGGGUCCGCACUCGCUGGCUUCUCCUCUAUACCAUGCUCAGAAACCCAAAACUCAUUCUGGUGAGGAAGAGACACCAUAGCAACAAUCCUAAUAGCAACGAAGAUCCACUCAACAUCGCCCGGGUGAUAACAAUGUCAUCACAGCUUGAGAAAAAACAACAUAUCGAACAGCACAACGACAAUGAUGCUACAGUCUGAUAAUGACAAACUUCUAGAGUGUCUCCUAUAAAAGGGAGAAGGCACUAGAUCUCUGAUGGUGACGUCUGACAAACAGGAGACACUAGAAUUGUAGCCUGUUUGAUAGUUAGCUAGGGAUUCAUUCAUUCUGACACACAAACGCCAAACACCUGACAGCUAGCGACUGUGUACAGAUUGUACGAAAGCUUUAAUGUUAAACUUUAUUCCUUUACUAACACACUCUGUGUGACUGGCUCACAACUUCCAGUGCAUUGUGGGUAAUCCUUACAAUCCUUUACACAAUGCUCUAUUAAUAUGACAUUUUAACAUUAAACUCAACAUGAGAAUUAUGGAAUUACUGAUUUCCUGAAAUCGUUAUUCAAAGGUAAAGACACAUGUUGUGGAAGAGGUUAAAGCUCUGAGAGCAUUUUGUUUAGGCAACUGAAAUAUUAUGAAUAUUAGCAUAGUUUAGCAUAGUUUGUUUUAUAUAGACAAUGUAAAGACAUAGUUACAGUGGAACAUCUGGAACAUCAGGAUUUACUCUCAUGUGUUGUUAUACUUAACAUAUUAAUAUAAGACAUAGAAUUUAUGCUUUUUAUACUUAACGUGAACAGCUAACCAAAACCACGGGUUCUACUCACUUUAUCACUGUUGUUUCUUUUCUUAACUAAAAUAAAUGGCUUUUUAUGUGUUUGACUGAAACUGAAAAU